UUAGCGAAGCGAGUCUUCGGUCUGCUUGUGGUGUUCAACGUCGAGUCUCUCCAGCGCGCCCUCCCCGCCGCCGCCGCCAUGUCGCCGCUCGCCCGCUCGCUGCUCGCGCUCGCCGCGCUGCUCGCCGCCGCCGACGUCGACGGUCAAGACUACGAUUGCGUCACAGAGACAAUUGGUCGAGUAACUAACUACGUACAACCCCUAAGUUUGCUAGGUUUACAUUACGGACUCUCGGAAAUCGAAUUAGAAGAUUAUUGCCCCCCACCAAUGCAUCUUGUUGGUGAAAAGAUAACGGUGUGCAACAGAACCCCAAAUCAUCGUCAUCCUGAAAUCCACGAUAGGGAGAUCGUGGAGGUCAUCUGUUAUGAUCCCAGCGGAUGCACUGUGCCCAUUCUCGAGUACUGCGGCUAUUGACAGACGGACCUCCACCUUUGAAUUACACCGCGUGCUACUAUCUACUGUCUCGUUAGUGUUAGUGUUACGUGCAACUUCUGUGGGUAUAUUAUUUGAUUAUAAGAUAUUAACUGGAAGAUCCGUCACAUUUUCAGCUUUUGUUUUGUCUAAUAAUAAUUUAUUUAUGAUACAAAUCGUUGCAGACGUACCUCGGUCUUACUUUAUCAAUACUGUGCUCAGUAAUAUUAUAUCCAUUGUUAUUUCAUUAAAAAGUUCACGGCAUU